GAAUUGUAUAUUCGUGGUAGUACAGAAUUAGUCAAAUCAUGAUGGCGGCACUUUAAACGUUUGUUUGCGGACCGCCAUGAAGAAGAAGAAAACGUCGCCAACAACACAACGUCAAUACCGGAAAUACGACACGAACAAAGAGGAGAACAACACGAGACUCAGUCGUAUCGAUUGUGCUGUGGACAAACUACGCGAUUCUUCUCUCCUCCUGGAACCAAAUGAUCCCGUUGUUGGACAGGCCUUCACCUUGCCAUCAUCGACUAAUGGGACAAUGGAAGAAGAGAGCCAGAACUGUGUCAGAGUGUCUGACAGCUCAGCUGAGGCCAUGGAGGAGUUAAGCAUCACAGAGUGUAGAGUAGUGGACCAGAGCCUGUGUAAUACUGAUCCUCCCAUGAGGUCUCUUGAAAACUUUGAAGCAGAAAUCUACGAUCAUGAGGGAAAGGGAGCAUACAGGUUCCAGUGCCCCAGUGCAGGUCUGUUCCAGUGCAGUAUAACAGGCCUGGUGUUCAGGAUGGAGGGAGAGGGAGAGGUGCUCUAUAGGACAGUCCACUGGGACACGAGGCUUCUAGCCAAGAGUGGCAAGAGACCUGCAGGACCUCUGUUCAUGUUUAGAUGCCUUAAGGGGUCUGUCUGUCAACUACACCUUCCACACUGUGAGAUUCAUUCUGAGGGUGGAUGUGACUUCCUGUCUGUAGCCCAUGUGACUGAUGAUGACAGUAUGGAGUUUCUCCAUCACCAUGAGGCAACAGAAUCUCACGUCAUAUUAAACAUCACUGGAUUCGGCAAAUAUGGCAUCACCAAGGAACAGGAAGCUCCUGUCUCUCCUAUCCGUGCUCUGGUGCUACUAUUUUUACCAACUCCCAGAUGAUAAUAAUGAGUCCACCCUAAAUGUGUUGUUGCUGCCCAGAAAUGUUGACAUUGAUGAGGUGUGUAAGACCAGGAGGACAAGGACUGGAGACAGAGAAAUAUACAUGGAAAUAAAUCCUAACUGUAGCUAACCCCGGACCAAGGAUAUACCCUCUCCACCGAUCUAACAGAUGAACAUCACAUAGAUCCAAAGAAAGCAGAGUUUGUGGAUUAUGAUUCCUAUACAAACUACAUGCUGACAUUUCAGUUGCGUUUAAAAACAGUUGUUGAAGAAGUGUAUCUUCUUCUGGAAGAACAUGGCGGUCCUGAAAAUGAACGUGUAUGGGACCGCCUUGUUUCACUACCAGUCUCCCCAACAGAAGUUCCCUCUUCAGCUCCUGUCCAGUUCCAACCCCACGGGCCUGUGGCACCAGUACCAGCAGCUCCUGUCCAGUUCCAACCCCACGGGCCUGUGGCACCAGUACCAGCAGCUCCUGUCCAGGUCCAGCCUCAUAGGCCUGCAGCUCCUACUGCAGCUGUUCGUCCAUCUGUCCGUGAAGAUCAACCAGACUUGAGAUGAUCAAAUCAGUGGCUUCCAUAUAGACAUGUAGUGAAAAGUGUUUAUCUAAAGCAGGAGCAAUCUGAGAUUUAAAUGGAUGAUAAUGAGAAAUAUUAUUUCAUAGAUUUUUCAUUGAUUAUUGAAGAAUAUAACUUAUGUGCCUCAUGAGCUUAGUUCAACUGCCAUUCCCCAUCAGAGGCCAAAAUAUAACCUUGUUGUAAUCAAUUGUUUGUAAACAAUGGAAUUGUAAAAAAAAUAUAUUAAAAAAUAAUAAACACUAAGCCACAGCAUGAACUAUCAUGUGGAUAUUAUGGAUGGUCAGUCCUUGUAUCCACAGCUCUAUGAAUUAGAGAGUUGUUAGUGGUUUGUUAUUUUUUUGAACCGCAAAUUGACCCUUGAUAUUAUGCCACAUUCAUUAAUGGUCAGAUAAGGGAACUAUUGGUGUAUCUUUGUGUACAGGAAAGAACAUGCUAGUAAGUGUUUCGCUAUAUCCUUUACACCCGCUGUAUCCUAUGCGUGUAUUUAAUAAAAGUUAUAUUUCAUUGUAUUUAUAGUAGGCUACACUGCAUUAGUUGGGCUGGGAAUUACCAGGGACCUCACAAUACAAUAUUAUA